AUGCGCUUCCUCACCACCAUCACCUUGGCCGUACUCACGGCCAGUGUAACCGCGGUACCCGUCGCGGUACUUCCCAGUCUCAUCCAUCCCCCAGUUCAUGUCUUCAGGGCCGACCCUGCUGAUGAAGCUGUCGAAGGGGAGCCCAACAUUGAAGCCCGCGACAACUUCGACCUGGAGCCCGAGAUCCACGCCAGAGAUGAGCCUCAUAUUCAAGCAAGAAGCGAAGCUGCGGCCGCCGGCAUCGACCCAAACUACCACAUUGUGGAUGCCAAAGGCAUCACCCCUGAGGACGACUGGAAGUACAGAGACAACCUAGCCAAGCUCAACGCCAAUAACUGCGGCAAGGACUGCUAUCGCUCCAUCAACUCGUACCGCUCCAGGGUUUCCAGAGAACACAGGCCAUACUACGACCGGAGCACUGAUUACCACGCCAACAACUAUGACCACCAUGAUAACUACGGCGUCCAAAGAUCUUCCCGGGCUUCGAGGGGCGAACACAACACGCCCGCGGAUGACUGGAAGUACAAAGACAACCUCGUCAAGCAGGACAACCACAACUGCGGUACGCACUGCGAGGCUUCUCUGAACUCGUACCGCUCCGUGGCAUCCAAGGAUUCGAGGCUCGCUCGGGAGAAGGACUACCACGACUACAACCAUCAGGAUGACAAGUACAACAACUGGUACCCCAAGGAUUACCACACAAAUGGAAACGGCUAUAAUAAUCAUAACAACGGUCAUUAUGACGAUAGGACUCUCAGAACCAAUACCUAUUACCCCAAGGAUCAUCAUCCUACCAAGUACAAUGAUAUCCAUCACAACGAUUAUCAUGGCAACAACUAUCAUACCAAUGGCAACGAUUAUCAUGGGAAAAAUUACCAUACGAAUGGCAACAAUUAUCACGGCAAUAAGUACCAUAUAAAUGGCAACGGCUAUGACCAUCAUAACAAUGGCCACGACUAUGGAGUGCAGAGAUCUUCGAGGGCGUCAAGGGGAGAGCACAACACCAGGCAGGAUGAGAUCAACCACAAGAAUAAUCACGAAAAGCUGGACGCGGGGCAUUGUGGUCAAGGCUGCCAGCUGUCUAUUAACUCGUACCACUCGGUUGCAUCUGCAGACUCGAGGCGCUCCAGGCAGUCGAGAAACUCUCGUGGGAACCACGGUCACUGA